UAUUCAUCAAAUUCAAACACAAUGGUUUCUCUCAAAGCUUUCUCAACUGUCUUUUUUCUUAUACUCGGUGUUAGCAUUUGCUACGCCACUAGCCGCAAUCUUUUGCACUACGGAGAAGCUGCCGGUCAUGGUGGUGGUGGCGGUGCAGGACAUGGUGGUGGUGGAGGUUAUGGAGGAGUGAGUGGUGGUGCUUAUGGUGGUGGUAGUGGAGAAGGAGCUGGUGGUGGAUAUGGAGGUGCUGAAGGGUAUGCUAGUGGUGGUGGUGGUGGGCAUGGUGGAGGCGGUGGUGGUGCUGCUUCUUCCGGUGGUUAUGCUAGUGGAGGUGGAGAAGGAGGAGGUGGUGGUUAUGGUGGAGCGGCUAGUGGUUAUGGUGGUCAUGCUGGUGGUGGUGGUGGAGGUAGUGGUGGUGGUGGUGGAGCUGCACAUGGCGGUGGAGGAGGAGCUAGUGGUUAUGGAAGUGGUGGUGGUGAAGGAGCUGGUGGUGUAAUUGGUGGUCAUGCUGGUGGUGGAGGUGGUGGUAGCGGAGGCGGUGGAGGAUCAGCUUACGGUGCUGGAGGAGAGCAUGCUAGUGGCUAUGGAAACGGAGCUGGUGAAGGUGGUGGCGCCGGUGGAAGUGAGUAUGGAGGUGGAGCUUAUGGAGGCGGCGGUGGUCAUGGAGGAGGAGGAGGUGGAGGAUCUGCAGGAGGGGCUCAUGGUGGUAGUGCUUACGGAGGCGGUGAAGGAGGAGGAGCUGGUGGUGGAGGGUCUCACGGUGGUGCUGGAGGCUAUGGAGGUGGUGGCGGUGGAGGAAGUGGAGGAGGAGGAGCUUACGGCGGAGGAGGAGCACAUGGAGGUGGAUAUGGAAGUGGUGGUGGUGAAGGAGGUGGUUAUGGAGGAGGUGCAGCAGGAGGAUAUGGUGGUGGCGGUGGAGGAGGAGAAGGAGGAGGCGGUGGUUAUGGUGGUGAACAUGGAGGUGGUUCAGGCGGAGGUCACGGUGGUGGUGGUGGUCACGGCGGUGGAGGCUAUGCCCCAUGAAGAAACCAACUUAAGAUCAGCCAAAAGAAAGGCUGAACAAUAAAAGAUAAUCUGUGGA